AGGGAAAAGCUUUUGUGACAAAAUUUUAGAGCAUCGGGGCACUGUCAAACAAGAAUUGCGAUUGUGGCUAAUGACUAUGGACGAUCACAAUAACCUUCAAGCGAGUAAAGAAACACCGGCUUCAGACACAAAGUCAAGGUGGCUAAAUACUUUCUGUUUCUACAUCUUCGGUUUUUUCGCCUUCUUCAACGUAGAAAUGUUCGUCAUAGGAGCGCAGGAUAUCCUGAGCGGCAGGAACGUUCCGACCGCUAUUUUGAUCACUUGUUUUGAGGGUCCUUUAGUGAUGGCCAAACUAGUCAUUCCUUGGUUUCAGCAGAAGAUUCCCUACGUGGUGAAGAUGUUCUUUAUCGCAUCCUUUAUGAUUCUUGGAUUGUCUUUAGUCGUUUUCGCAAAUGACUUUAAAGUAAAGAUUUUAGGAGUUGGGCUAAACGCCAUGGCUGCUGGUGCUACUGAAACCACCUCUCUUGCGCUGGCUUCGUUUUAUCCAAAGUUAUGCAUCAGCGCGUUCGUCGCUGGCACUGGAACGGGUUGUCUGAUUGCUGCUCUAUACUACACAGCUCUCAUGACAUGGACUUGCUUAUCUCCUAAGACCACCAUGAUGAUAACAGUUCCCCUUCCUUUGGCAGUUUUGGUGUCUUACGCAUUGCUGAACAAAGACUUUCUCCCAAACAGCUCACAAAGCAGCCCCAAGGAGCUCAAACGCGUUAAGUACUCCAUUGUGGGAUCCACUUCUGACACCAUGGAUCAGGAUGCGCCAUCUCGCCAAAAACUAACAUGUGGCGAAAUGCUCAACAUUGCAUGGAAAAUGAGUUCAGUCAAUAUUUCUCUAUUGUUGAGCUUUUCUUCUGAGUAUAUCUCUGCUGUAUCCGUACUUACGACGAUUUCUUUCCCCGAUUCACAAUUUCUCCCUCGCGAUCACUUCCUUAUUUAUCUGUUGUCGUACUUUAUCGGUAGAUUUGUCGGUCGAAGCUACUUGCUUUUAUUUUCUUGGCUGCCUUCUAAUAUUACGAAAUUUCUUCAGUGCAAUAGAAUCUGGAUUUUCACAGUGCUGCAGAUGGCACAACUGACUUUCUUGGUAUUGAACUCGUUGUACCAUUUCGUCCCAUACAUCUGGAUAAUAAUCUGUGUUUGUUCAACUCUUGGUCUAAUCGGCGGAAUGAUAUGCGUGAACGCACCCCAUGCAGUUGCGCAGCACGUUAAAUCCGAGGAGAAAGAGUUUGCUUUAGGACUGGUGUCAGUUGGUUCAUCCAUGGGUGUAUUAGUGGGUGCCCUGAUUGGCCUGGCUGUGGAAUCGAGUCUUAGAAAGCAUUGUGUCGAGCAUUACCCAGACACCAAAGAGUUCUGCUUCACAAGAUAUCAAAACACCACUGGCUGGGAAACUAAUAUUCACUGUUAAAGCCUGUUAUAUAUUCUGACGCUUUGGUGCUUAAAGUCAAAAACCAACCAAGCAAACAAAAAACCUAACUGACCAAUAGACAAAGGUCCAAUCAAAACCUUCGUUUGCAUUAAUUUUUAUAGAGAAUAUCAUCACGAAAUUUAUGUACUUUUCCGUGAACGUAUUUUGUUCGCCAGACUAAAAAUACUUUGUCCGCAAAACUUCCUGAGACCACUCAGUAAUGUUUUAGGUCGAGCGCAUGAUGAUCAGAUGAGGAUCGUUCUCUCUCAGCAGCAAGCCUGCUUUAGCAAGUGACCUCUUUUGAAGUUCUACGCUGCUGGAACAGUGACCAAAAUUUUGGGUCUAUUUGCUUUAGAUUGUGGGUUCCGAGAAAAAAAAAAAUUUUUAUAAUAGAGUGAAGUUUCUGAUACUUACGAGAAUCAUCUUCAAAUGUUUCAAAGACUUGUGUCUAAGUUGCGUGCAGUAUGUAUGUCUUCGUAAGACGCCGCAAAAAGGGUUGCUUAAGGCCAGACUCGUAAAAUAGAA